AUGGGGGUGCUGUCGAACAUGAUUGACCGCGAGCAGCUAAAGCCCGGCGACCACAUCUACUCCUGGAGAAGGGGCUACAUCUACGCUCACCACGGUGCGUCCUACAACCUCGCCGCCAUCUUCUUCCCCGGAAUCCCCUGAUGCGACCGUGGGCGGUCGAUCGUCGGGAGGAGAGCUCUGCUCGUCGAUGGAAAUCUCCUCCCGACGCUCGAUGGACCACGAUCGCCGGCGUUCCUGCGGCGGACGAUGAACGAGCCGCAGGAACGCCGUGGACGGCCGCGUUCCUCUCUCAGAUUGCGGCGUAACGCUGAUUAUAUUUUUUUUCAUUUUUGACAGGGAUCUAUGUGGGCGAUGGGAACGUCGUCCACUUCACCAGGGGAGGUGAAGAGAUCGGGACGGGGACCGUCUUCGAUCGGCUUCUGUCCAGCUCCGUCCCUUCCUGCCCCGACUCCCCCUGCGAGCAAUGCGGCGAUCAGAGCGCGCUCAACGGAGUCAUCGAGUCCUGCCUCGACUGCUUCCUCUCCGGCAACGAUCUCUACAUAUUUUGUUACUCGGUCUCGCUCGCCUUCUUCAUCUCCAAGGUUCGAGGCGGCACCUGCACUUUCGCGUCAUCGGACCCAGCCGCCGACGUCAUCCACCGCGCGAGGUACCUCCUCCGGCACGGCUUCGGCGCAUAUGACCUAUUCAAGAACAACUGCGAGGACUUCGCAAUCUAUUGCAAGACGGGCCUGCUGGUGACGACGAGCUACAGCGUGGGGCGCAGCGGGCAGUGGGGGUGCAUAGUGUCCGCUGCCAGUGCCAUAGCCGGCUCCCCCCUCCGCUUUCUGUCGAGCAGCUUUGGCGGGCUGGCGGUGGUCACGAGCGGCAUAUACUGCCUGAACCGAGUGGUCUCCGACAUCGGGAUUAGGAGGGACGUCGCCAAGCUCCCCGUUGAGGAACUUGUGUUGAGCUCUGGCUCCGCCGCCGGUGAAGCCGAGUCCUUGUUCCGAAGAAUUGUAGCCUGA